AUUUUGUAAAUUUUUCACAAUUUAAGCAAAAUAAGUAAAAAUUGCUGAAAUUUAAAGGCUUCACAGCCAACUAAGCUGCCAAGAUGUCCAACUGCAUUGAGAUUCCGUUGCAGGACACAGAUGAGGUCAUCGAAGUGGAUCCGGAUCAAUUGCCGGACAGCCAAGAAGUGUUGAGCAUUUUGAAGCAAGAACGUGCUCCACUGCAUGUGUGGGUUAAUGUUGCGCUGGCUUACUAUAAGCAAAAGAAGACCGAAGACUUUGUUACUUUACUGGAAGAAUCACGGGGAACAUGUGCCACAAAGGACUAUCGGGACUCCGACAAGGAUUCGAUGCGCGCUCUAGACAUGUUGGCUGCUCACUAUGUCCAGGAGGCGUAUCGGGAGAAGUCCAAAGACAAGAAACGCGAGCUGUUCAUGAAGGCCACUAACCUGUAUACGAGCGCCGAUAAGAUCAUUAUGUACGAUCAGAGUCAUUUGCUGGGCAGAGCAUAUUUCUGUCUGCUAGAAGGUGACAAAAUGGAUCAGGCCGAUGCCCAAUUCAAUUUCGUGCUGAAUCAAUCGCCCUCAAAUAUACCCUCAUUGUUGGGCAAGGCGUGCAUUGCGUUCAAUCGCAAGGAUUAUCGAGGAGCAAUGGCUUUCUACAAGAAAGCGUUGCGCACUAAUCCCAAUUGUCCGGCUAAUGUGAGAAUAGGCAUGGCCCAUUGUUUUCUUAAAAUGGGAAAUCCGGUGAAGGCGAAAUUGGCCUUCGAGCGAGCCUUGCAGUUGGAUCAGCAAUGUGUCGGUGCCUUGAUUGGCCUCGCUGUGCUUAAACUAAACCAACUGGAACCCGAGUCGAAUAAGUUGGGAGUGCAAAUGUUGUCCAAGGCCUACACCAUCGAUAAUGCCAACCCCAUGGUAUUAAAUCAUUUGGCGAAUCAUUUCUUCUUUAAAAAGGAUUAUCAGAAGGUUCAUCAUCUGGCUUUGCAUGCUUUUCAUAAUACGGAGAACGAAGCUAUGCGGGCUGAGAGUUGUUAUCAAUUGGCUCGGAGUUUUCAUGCCCAGAGUGACUAUGAUCAGGCGUUCCAGUACUACUAUCAAUCGACCCAGAUUGCUCCAGCAAACUUUGUGUUGCCCCACUAUGGACUGGGACAGAUGUACAUCUAUCGCGGUGAUACUGAGAAUGCCGCCCAGUGCUUUGAGAAGGUCUUGAAGAUCCAGCCGGGUAACUACGAGACAAUGAAAAUUCUUGGGUCUUUGUAUGCCCAUUCGAAUUCGCAGACCAAACGAGAUAUGGCUAAAACGCAUCUAAAAAAAGUCACUGAACAGUUUCCCGAGGAUAUUGAGGCCUGGAUUGAAUUGGCUCAAAUAUUGGAGCAGAAUGAUUUGCAAGCUUCGCUAAAUGCCUACGGAACAGCAUCGAGCAUUCUGCGGGAUAAGGCAAAAUAUGAGAUUCCUGCCGAGAUUCAGAAUAAUGUGGCCUCAUUGCACUAUCGUUUGGGCAAUCUGAAAAUGGCAAAAGACACAUUGGAGAGUGCCCUGCAGCAUGCAACCUCCGAAAUGGACAAGGAUGUCAAAUAUUAUGAAUCCAUUCAGGUUACCAUGAAAUACAAUUUGGCCCGUCUCAAUGAGGCCAUGAGUAGCUAUGAUGUUGCCGACAAGCUGUAUAAGGAAAUCCUUAAGGAGCAUCCCAAUUAUAUUGAUUGCUAUUUACGCUUGGGCUGUAUGGCCAGGGAUAAGGGAUUGAUUUUUGUGGCUUCUGAUUUUUUCAAGGAUGCUUUGAAUAUUAAUAAUGAUAAUCCAGAUGCUAGAUCUCUCUUGGGUAACUUGCAUUUGGCCAAAAUGCAAUUUGCUUUGGGUCAAAAGAAUUUUGAAACUAUACUCAAAAAUCCAUCCACCUCGACCGAUGCUUAUUCUCUGAUAGCCUUGGGAAACUUUUCGCUACAGACACUGCAUCAACCGAGCAGAGAUAAGGAAAAGGAGCGCAAACACCAGGAGAAGGCUCUGGCCAUUUUCAAGCAGGUUCUGCGUAACGAUUGCCGCAAUAUUUGGGCCGCCAAUGGCAUUGGAGCCGUAUUGGCCCACAAGGGUUGUGUGAUAGAGGCACGCGACAUUUUUGCUCAAGUUCGUGAGGCAACUGCCGAGUUCUGCGAUGUUUGGCUAAACAUUGCCCACAUCUAUGUGGAGCAGAAGCAAUACAUUAGUGCCAUACAAAUGUAUGAGAACUGUAUGAAGAAGUUUUUCAAGCACAACAAUGUGGAGGUGAUGCAAUAUCUGGCCCGGGCCUAUCUCAGGGCAAACAAGCUGGUGGAGGCCAAGGCGGUGCUGCUCAAGGCACGCCGUGUGGCACCCCAAGAUACAGUUUUGUUGUUCAAUAUAGCCGUAGUCUUAUCACGGUUGGCCAUGGCCAUAUUAAAGGAUGAGAAAUCCACAUUGGAAAUAGUGCUGCAGGCGGUCAACGAACUGGAGUUGGCCCACAAAUAUUUCCAGUAUUUGUCUGUGCAUGGUGAUAAGACUCGAUUUAAUAUUGAGGUGGCUGGUAUUGAGGCCAAUACCUGCCAGGAUCUACUCUCACAGGCGCAAUAUCAUGUGGGCCGUGCUCGGCGCAUCGAUGAAGAGGAGCGUUCGCUACGCCGCAAACAGGAAGAGGAACGUGAAGCCUUCAAAUUGAAGGUAGCCGAGCAACGCAAAAGGAGGGAAGAGGAAGCCAAGACCUCACGCGAUCAAUUGCUGGCCAAGCGCCAGGAGUAUGUGGAGAAGACAAAGAAUCUGCUCAUCAUAGCCGAAAAGGAUCGCAAAAAGAGCAGUGGUCGUCCGCGAAAGGAUGAUUACAUUUCGGAUAGUGGAAGUGAUGAUGCUGGAGCGCCUCGAGCCGAAGGUGAACGGCCUCCGAAGAAGAGCAAGACCAAGGCGGACGGCAAGAAAGGAAGCAAACGUAAGCGUAAAACGGAGAAAUAUGAAAGCGAUAGUGAAGAGGAACCCAGCGCCAGUAGCAAAUCUGGUAAGAAGAAGAAGAAGCAGCCCAAGGCGGUCAAGGAGUCUAAGGAGAAGCUGUCGGCGAAGCAGCGACUUAAGAUCGUAUCGAAAGAGACCAUCUCGACAAGCGAGUCGGAGAGUGAUAGCAAACGGAGUCGCAGCCGAAGUAGAAACCGAAGUGGCAGUCGGGCCAGUCGUUCCCGGUCGCCAAGCGGCAGCCGGAGUCGCAGCGGCAGUAGGAGUAGAAGUAGAAGUGCCGCCAGUGGCAGCAAAAGCCCUGCCAGUGGCAGUGAUCGUGGUGGUCGCAAACGGACCCGCAGUCGCAGCGGAUCCAGCUCUGGCAGCGAUAGUGAUGCUGGUGUUACUCAACGUAAGCGUGCAAAGAAUCGCAUUGACUCUGGAGCAGAGUCGGAUGCAUCCAAGUCGAGAUCGAAGUCACGAUCCAAAUCGAAAUCUGCCUCAAGAUCAAGAUCGCGAUCGCGAUCAAGGUCACGCUCCAAAUCUGGUUCAAGAUCGAGAUCAAGAUCGGCAUCGAAAUCCCCAUCAAGGUCGAGGUCACGAUCACGAUCACGAUCAAAAUCCCGCUCAAAAUCCGGAUCACGGUCACCUCGUUCUAAUCGGUCAGGCAGCCGUUCCCGGUCUUCAUCCAAGUCUCCAUCCCGCAGUCGUUCCGGUUCACCAGAGAAUUGACGAAUUUUAAUUGCAAAAACCAAGCCCAUUCAUUUGAUUACUAUAAAUUUUAUUUCCUUUCGUUUCGAGAUGCAAAAGAAUUAAAUAAAAUUAAAAAAAAAUAUUUCUGUGACAAUUGCUUAAGUGUCGCUAAAAAGUAA